AUGGGAAACUUUUUUGGCUACGUAUAUCCAGGCCUGUUUCUGGUCUUAUAUGGACUGUAUCAGGCCCUAGUGGUCUCCAAAGCUGUGAUAUUCAAUGACUCGCUCCUGUAUCCUUCAUGGCCUCCUAAGAAUAAGGGAAGAUGGGCCAGGCUGUGGAAAAUAUCCUUUGGAGGUUGGGCAAAGAUAAUGACUGGCAUUCUCUUGAUAACUUAUAACAGCACCACUGAAGAAGGGUUCAGAUUGUUGAGCAGAGAGCUGCCACCAAGGUUCAUGUACCCCAAAGAGUGGCAGCGUGUCACCAUGUUCACCCUCCUUUCCCUCAGUGGCUGCGCAGAUGUCAUCAGCAAGAACGUGCUGCCUCAGAGAUGCACAGUCCUAGAAAAAGGUGCCCAGGCCCUGAGCAUCUAUGAGCUUCUGCUACUGUUGGUGUCCCAUGUUAAGGACUUAUCAGGAGUAAAGCUGCAACUCCAUUCUCUGCUCAUCUUGGUGGUUUUCCUGUUGAUGGUGGUACUGACUGCAGAGAUGUGGGCUCCUGCCAUGUUUCACCUCCGGCUGAUUGAAACUUUUCUGCACCUGAUGAUGGGCUCCUGGCUGGUGCAGGCAGGCUUUAUUCUAUACAGACCAAUCUCUGGCUACCCAUGGGAUGAUGAUGACAUCAGUGACAUCAUGUUUGUCACUACUUUCUUCUGCUGGCAUGUGAUAAUCAAUGCUUUGUGCCUCCUGGUAAUCUACAGCCUCUCUUCCUUUUGGCACCAUUGUUACAGCCCCAGGUUGAAACUUAUGGGGUCCAAAGAGGCUCCAUAUCAUGAGAGCACUCCAGAACCUCUCUACAGGGUGCUUCAGGAAGUGGAGCAGCCAGAGAAGGAUGACCAGGCUCCCCUCCUUUCAAAGAGCUCACACUGA